UUUCCCCGGUUACGCCGGCGGCGGCGGCGGCUUUGGCUCUUGGGUGUGCGUAUGUUGUGUUGGCAACUUGGAGGCGGGAGGAGAGGCUGGGAUUGAGGGAUGGUCAUGGCGGCCGCCGAGGAAGGGGACGCGACGGGGGCAGUGGAGCGGGGCCCAGGCGCGGUUUAUCACAUGUUCGUCAUGAUGGAGGAUUUGCUGGAGAAGUUGAAGCUGCUCAACUACGAGGAGGAGGCGGCGCUGCGGAGCCACAACAUGAGGCCUCCCUCCAGGCACUACUUUGCAUUACCCAUUAACCCAGGUGAACAGUUCUACAUGUUUUGCACCCUUGCUGCCUGGCUAAUUAAUAAAGCAGGUCAUCCUUUCGAACAGCCACAAGAGUAUGAUGAUCCAAAUGCAACAAUAUCUAGCAUACUCUCAGAGCUGCGGUCAUUUGUUCAUGGUGCAGAUGUUUCUGGAGUCAGUGAUGGCCAUAACUAUGACUUGUCAAUUCAGACAUUGCACCAGGCCAUAGGUAGAUCUGUGGAUUUUCCUCCUUCAAAAUUAAAGGCAGGUUAUGGAGAGCAAGCGUGCUAUGUUCUUGAUUGUUUAGCUGAAGAAGCCUUAAAAUAUACAUCUUUUGCCUGGGAAAGGGCUAUAUAUCCAACAGAAGAGUUAGAAGAAGAAGCAAUAACAGAAGAUGAUGCUGAGCUGACCCUUAAUAAAGUGGAAGAAGUAAUUGCGGAAGAAGAGACAGAUAAUGAAGAAAACUACAUUGAUCUGAAUGUUUUAAAGGCACAAACUUACAAAUCAGAUAUUAUUGAAUCAAAGCAAGAAGAGAUUUUAGAAUCCACAGUAGAUGCAGCUGAGUGGAACCUUGAAGUGGAACGAGUACUUCCUCAAUUAAAAGUUACAAUAAGAACUGAUAAUAAAGAUUGGCGAAUACAUGUAGAUCAAAUGCACCAGCACCAAGAUGGAAUUGAAUCUGCUUUAAAAGAUACCAGGGGCUACCUGGACAAACUUCACAGUGAAAUAAGUAGAACUCUGGAAAAAGUGACCAGUCGAGAAAAGUAUAUCAACAAUCAACUGGAGCAUUUGGUUCAAGAAUAUCGUUCUGCACAGGCACUUCUGAGUGAGGCCAAAGAGAAAUACCAACAAGGAAGUGGAGGAGUAACAGAGAGGACUAGAAUUCUGUCUGAGAUUACUGAAGAAUUGGAGAAGGUAAAGCAGGAAAUGGAAGAAAAGGGAAGCAGUAUGACUGAUGGAGCUCCUUUGGUGAAGAUUAAACAAGCUUUAACCAAACUGAAGCAAGAAACUAUUCAGAUGGACAUACGAAUUGGUGUGGUGGAGCACACAUUACUUCAGUCAAAGCUGAAAGAAAAAUCAAAUAUGACUAGAGAUAUGCAUGCUACUAUAAUUCCAGAUUCUUCCAUUGUUGGUACCUAUUAAAUCUGCUUUUUUUAUUCUAGGCAAAUCAAAUCUUGUACAUAAUAAUUGUUUUUACAUUAUGUAUGUCAUGUUACAUAGAAUGUUAGAUCUGUUAAUUCUGUGUAUAAAUGUGGUAAUGUUGCAUUUUGUGUCCAAGAUUUAUUACACAGCCCAUUUUGUAAAAAAUAAAAUAAAAAAUCAUUUAUAAAA